AUGAGUUCCUUCGAAAACGACAGUGAAAGUAAUGAUGAUAUCGACGAGGGCUGCUCCGAAAAUUAUAAGUGUCUACUUUGCGACAACAACUCCAAUAUGGUCCAGGAAUUCUUUGAACAUCUUUCGAAUUCUCACCAAUGGCAUUUAAAAAAAGAACAGCGUCUUUUUGUGGACCAAUUUUUAUGGAUUACUUUUGUGAAUUGGGCUCGAAAAACCAAUCCUGAGUGUUUUUCGGACUUUUACAAACUUUCCGACAAUCAACGAAUGUCUUUUACUCAUCCCGUUAUUGAAGAUGAUGACGUUCUUAUGAUUGAUGUUGAAACCCUAUUCGGUAGUUCUAUUAAAGAGGAUACUAAAAAUUUGGAGGACGUUAUGAGGGAAAAUGAAUCGCUCCGUCUUAAAAUAGCAAAAUGCCAUGAACUUAUCAAUGAGUUAGUUUCUAAGCCAUCUUUGGAUAUCAUUAAGGAUUCAAAGCAAGCACCCCACAUUUACGGAAAAUCAACAUCGUCUAUUGUUUCUACCUAUCAGCCUGCAGCCUUUUUAAUUGAUAAGUUUGUUUUGAAAGGUCUUCAGGAUUCGCUUUCAAAGAACUCGGAAUCGCUUAUUCGCGACAAGACCAUUUUAAAUUGCUUUAAUGAUGGCGGAUUGUUAUCGGUUUUCGCUGCUAAAUCUGGUGCUAAGCAAAUUCUGAUUCAGCAAUCAAUUUUUUCCGAAACUGUUCUUUCUGUUGCCAGAGCUAAUGGUGUUGAGGCUAAAAUUGAAGUAAUUUCAGAUACUCAAGCUGCUGAUGUUCUAUUUUGUGAUUGGAUGAGCCCUCUUUUUCGCAAACCUGUCCAAUCACAAAUCUCCUCUUUUAUCCAAUCUAAUAACGCUUCCGUAUUUCCUCCAAUCGCGUGCUUGCAAAUUAUUGGAGUCAACGUAGCUGAAGCUCUUGUAAAAAGUCUUAUUCCUCCCAGCUCAUACUUAGGUAGCAAUAUUUCGCCCUUGGUUGAAGAAGCUUACAAUAAAGUUUACCAUGGAAAUUGGCCGGGAGAUUUCUUCGUAGAAGUUACCAGGGAAAGAGAGUUUGCUAAAAUUGAUAUAAGGAAGUCCGGCGAACUGGAGAGUCUUUGUAAAAAGUUCUCAUUGUCGAAUUUAAUGACAAAACAAAUCAAUGGUCUUCUCAUUUCCUUUCAUUAUGAAACUGAUACGGGUGAGGAAAUUGUCAACUCAAGAUUCUCCCAAUUUCUCGGUCAAUCUCUAAUUCUGCUCCGUAAACCAAUUGAUGUCUUUGAAAAGUCAAUAAUUAGUGGAGAUAUUCGUUUCAAAUGGAACGAUUCAAUAGAAGUUGCUAACCAAGAAGUUGAGACCAUAUUUCAUGAAAUUGCUCAAGCGACUCCAAGAAUUCUUCGUGAUAUUGAAUCUGUUAACCAGCAAGCGAUUCUUCUCAAACACCACAUGGACGGUGUUGAAAAUGACUUUCGCAAGAUGCAUAUUGAUAACAAUAGCAUAAUUCGUGAGCUGGAACGUCUCGACUGUGAACGUCAAAGGGUGAAGAAGGCGGCGGAUGCUUUGCGGGAAGCCAAUCGAUGGUCGAUGUUGGUGAACUCGCGUCAAGCUCUAAUGGAAGGAGAUGCAAAUGUUGAUCAACUCUUCCAACUCAUUAUCGAUAUGGACCAAAGUCUGGUCUACAUGGAACAUAUGCCCGACUAUGCCAACAGGAAGGCUUUAGUGAGUUCUACUAAGGAUCGAUUGGAGACGCUGAUGGCACCUCAAUUCAUGGAGGUACUCGAUUCCAUCGCACAAUCUAAUGAUUCUCAAUUAGUGGAAAGUUUGGUACACAUGAUAUCAAUUUUCGCCGCCAUCAAUAGGUCGUCUGUCGCUGUUCAGUAUUAUGUUACCUGGAUGACGAACCAUAUGAAAGAAGACUGGGAGAAGCCCUGUGGUCAUUCGUUGAAUCUAGGUCCUCCAGCCGAUCGGGAAAUACAGCGUGUUCAGGCUUACUUUACAGAAGUUAUCACCUUCCUAACUAAUCAGAUACAAUCACAUCUAUUUAAAGACGACUCUCAGGCUCCCAUCCUGAAAGCUAUAUCAGCUACUUUGGAAGUCAUAUCUCCACAAAUUGGCCAAUUGGUUUAUGCUGAAAGCAUUCCUGUAAGCAAGCGUCUCAAUCGAUGUAGUGAAUUAUUAAAGUUUACACAAUACUUUGCUGAUCAACUCUGUUGCCUCUUUUGUACCGCUGAUGACGCCAAGAUGGAGCCCUAUUUUGAGAUUGCCAGAAAGCUUUGUAUCCCGUUGGGUGCUGUUAGUGAAAUCUUUAAAGCACACGCUGCCGAAAUUCUGCAGGAAACGCUGCAUAUCCUCAAACCAUCUUAUAACGAUGACUCUCAACUACUAAACGAUCUUCAAUUAACUUCAAAUCAACUGAUUAAACGAUUAGAAGACCUUCUGAACGCAGCAGUGGUUCAAACCAAAGGGAUUGCGUUGCCGAGCUUCUUGGAUGCAAUUAAUCAAACCACAAAAUCACUGUUUAAGCAAUGGAGUAAUACACUGGAUGGAUUCAAAAAUCAUCUUAUUGAACAGGAUAGAGAAAUGAAGUAUGAACAAGCCUGUGGAAUGAAUAUAUCCUUAUCUUUGGUGGCGGCUACAGGUACGUUUUCAAGAGAAAUUACCGGUUUUCUGAAAAAAUUUAAUCAACACAUUUCCAUGGUAUUCCGAAAUAUUGGAAGGCAAGAUAAGACGUGUUCAAAAGUCAAUUGUCCAUUCCAUUCAUUGUUGCUUCCGUUGAUCGGAGAAGUUCAAUCCUGUACUAAUUGGUCAGUUCUCUUUCCUCUCGCACCACAAAAUGAUUGGCUUAAACCGCCGUUAUCAGAUGCUUCCGAACCGAUCACAUCUAUCGAAGUCCUCUUAAAUCGGUUGACUGAUCUCUCUAAAAUCGCUGUUACAAUGGCUCAAAAUGUGGCCUUGUCACCUGUUAAAGACAUUUUGGCCGUUGUGCCAAAACUAUCAGUCUGGGCUUCCCAACCUGCUAGCGGAGAGGUAACUCUUCCUGACCUUGCCUACCUUCCUCAAGAAUAUGUAACUCAGCUGGGACAAUACAUUUUUAAUUUACCAGAACAUCUACUGCCAUUUAUGGAUACAAAUGAGGACACAAAUUCAGCCAUAGAUGUUGAUCAAGGAGUCUCCCUUGUUCAUUGUCUUCGAUUAACUGAUUUUUGCAAAACUGAAGAACAAAUCGCUUCAAUAACCCCUGGUAUCAGAUCUAGGCUGUCAUCUUCCUCUAGUGUUGAAGCUAUUUCUUCUCCAGCUACUAUAACCGCUUGGCUGGAUUGGUUGCUAAGUGGCCAGGUAGCUGAAGCCUUCGUUAAGGUCGUUUUGGAGAUCCCCUCACCGUUGCAUGUGUCCGGAAAUGGAGGUCGAUCUAUUCCUGGUCUCACACCACAUGGGGCUAAGCAACUUGUUACCGAUCUCGACUACUUUUUGGGUUUAUUGGAAGAAUUGGGGCUACCACAACCCGGAGAUUUGACCUGCCUUCGAGAUCUUGUGAAAGCAAGUCCGGAGGAAUUCAAGGGUUUAUCGUUGGACAAAUCUCCAAGACUCGUUGCUGGGGUGAUCAAUUUGAGAAUGCUGUGA